AUGCCAAAGCUCUCUCGUUCUCUAGCUGAGCAAAAGCAUACUCAGCUCGACGCUUCAAGACAGUGUCCGCCAGUUGGAGACGUCUGUCCCGCUCAUGUUCGAGAUCGCCGCGUAACCCUUGCGUUACGCGAUCAAAGAAGCUUUCGGGAACACACGCUUCCCCAUGAUUGUGUGGAGAGCGUCUUUCCUCCUCCUCCACCUCCAUUAGAGGACUCUCGUGGUGGCCAGCGCUAUCUGGUUGAGCAGCUGUUGAACCACCGCGACGUGAACGGACGUCGGACGAGUUAUCUCGUCCGGUGGCGCGGCUAUCCCCCGUCCUGGGAUUCUUGGGAGCCCCGCUCCCAACUGAUGGUUGACGUACUGGGUCUGGUUGAGCAGUACUACGCGGCACAUCCUGUGCCGCAGAAGGACCGCCGGAGAAAGUCUUCCCGGCACGGUCGUAAAGGGAUUUCAGGUUGUCAAUCCCCUUCGUACAUCUCAGUAGAGAUACGUACGCGCCACCACGGGCUAGUAAGAAGGUAA